UAGGGGAGAGCAAACAGACAGCAGCCGGCCUGGUGGACACAUCAGGCGCUUGUCUCUACCAUGCUGGGUCCGGACCACACUCAAGGCACGGAAAGGCUUAUGCAAGCCAUUCAACACCAACUCCAUUUAACUCUACUAAUGUCAAAGUUUGGUUCUUCAUAACGCAGCGGCGUGGAGAUAUAGGAUACUGUACUACCGACUCAUCAUGACUUGACAACUACACAUGAAGUUUAUUCAUUUUCUACUAGGAGACAGCCCACCGAGUGAAAUGCAGGGAUUGAUACAAUAGAGAGAGAGAAACAUGGGAGACUUGAAGUGUGGUUUUGAGGAAAUGCAGGGAGUCAAACUGGGAUACCUGCUUAUCAAAGGCAAACAAAUGUUUGCUCUUUCUCAGGUCUUCACUGACCUUCUCAAGAAUAUUCCUCGGACCACUGUUCACAAGCGGAUGGACCAUUUAAACGUGAAAAAGCAUCACUGUGAUCUGGAGGAACUGCGAAAGCUCAAAGCAAUAAAUUCUAUUGCCUUCCAUGCGGCUAAAUGCACUCUGAUAUCGCGGGAGGAUGUGGAGGCUCUCUACUUUUCAUGUAAAACAGAGCGCGUGUUAAAAUCCAACAAAAGGAAGGUAAAAGGGAGUUCCCCGGGGGAUGCGCGAGAGGAAUUGCUCCACAAGGACACACGCGCCAGGUCAUGGAAGGAGAAAGUUUGGUUCAGUUUGCACAGCGUUCCUCAGACGCUGCCCCUUAACAACAAAGCCGGCAGCCGAGAGAUCCCUCAGCUUCCCGACUCCAAUCUACCUCAAAUUUACAAUAAAAAACACAAUCAGGAAUACACUUCGGUCUCGCAGUCCGAUUACAAACCCUUUAAAAACUAUGAAACAGCUCAAAUCACCGGGAAUUGUGUUUCAUAUAACCAGAGACAUUCGUUUUUCAGGACGGUAGUGAAUCGGCAGCCGGUGUUCUUUCAGUCCGCCAUUUCUCAGUCUAAGCUCUCGGGCGCAGCUACCGACCCACUUCACAAAAGGAAGAGGAGACGCGAGGAGGGCGGCUGCAGGGACAGCGCGAGGCGGUCGUGGAGUAGGAGCAGACACACACAUCAACCCCCGGUCGUCCUUGUGCAGCCAAAGUGCUGCAGCAAGCCAAAAAGACACAAUAACGAAAGUUUGGGGGCAUUUCACAUCGGCCAUGAAUUUUACCUGAACCACGGGUCUCACCACCAACAUCAUGGUUUCCAGGAGAGCUGCAGCAGCGACACGGAAUCAAGUUCCUACUCGGAGAGGGUCAACAACGACUCGGAUUUCGGGUCCAGUUUGUCCAGUAGUAGCAACUCCGGGACUUCCGAUGAAGAGCUGGAGGACAGUCCGUCUGAGAGUUCGGACAUCAGCACGGACGAGGAGAGCUCGUCUCAGUCCGACUCUAGCUCCGUGUCCAGCCUGGUCUCUGUCCAGAGUAUCCGCUUCAGGCGGGCCAGGUUCGCUUCUCUCCCCAAAACAAAAACCCUCAACUCUAAAACUUUGGUUCUGCAGCCGACCUUCCACUACAACCAGCAGCUGCCGCCACCCAGGACCGCCGACCAGGUAGGGAAAGCGGACGCGGACAGGCUGAGGAAACACCAGAGACACGACUCAGUCAACAGGGAAGCUAAGCAAGACACGGAAGUACAGCAAACCCCCAAAUUUGUGUCUCCUGGACGAGGGAGCCUUUUUACAGAGACCGUAGUGGGGGACGUUGCAGACGUGCACUGUGACCCAAAGAGUGCUGUUCCAGUGAAAACAGGCUUUUACGCACAAGGCCUCUCAUCCAGCGUGAGCAGAAGUAAGAUAUUUCCCCCAUGCAGGACUCCGGGUGCGGCGGGCGGGUGCCCACCUGGACCAGGGUCACACUGCACUCAUCUCAAAGAAACGAAGUUCCUCAAAUCGACAGACAGCCACCUUUCAUUAGCCAUGAAUAUAAAAACAGAGACAAAAACAGGGCCUUUCUUGAAAUUACCAUCUCCACUGAAAACCAUCAAAACCGAGCCAGAGGAAUCCCUGGUGUCUAUGGGGCCCCACUCUGAGAGCAGCAAGGCGGCUAAGACACUCCCAUCAGUCCUGCAGAAUGUGAAAAUUAAGGUGGAGGAGAGCAGUAAGGAAUAUGAAUACUCGAGCCAGGCAUCUAGAUUCCAAUGCAAAGGAGACGAGGCGGAUGUCAACAAUGCUCGGUACCCCGGCGGUGACAUCAAACACGCGGACUAUUUCAACUAUAAGACUAAAGCUAUUGAGAGCUCCGCCGGGGCUCCAAAGUCUCCCUCCCUUCAGGAAUGUAGGAGCACUCAAGACGCUCCUUGUCCCGAGGAGGGGGAGUACAAGAAUGGCGCAAGGGUCAGGAAAAACUACAGGACGUUGGUGCUGGGUGAGAAAACAGGGAUUUCUAGGACGCAAACUAAACCGAACACGUCUAAAGUUGACAAGACUCCGUGUUCUCGUCCCGCAGGUAAAGCGGAGAGUUCCGAGGGAUAUGCAGAGGAAUUAACAGGAGCGAGUAAACGAAAACGUACGUUCAACAAUGUAGCGUCAUCUCUAAAGAGGUCUUUUAGUUUCAUGGCGAAUUUCCCUUCUCCGCCGUCUUUGGUCGUUGGCAGCGACGGGGAUUUGAGCCCCGCUUUUUCUUUGAACUCUCUGAGGGACAACCGGCCGCCCCCGCGCUCCCACCCGGUGUGGCACUGGCAGCCCGGUGGCCGGCCCGUGUCUCCCCCACCAGCACCAAAAUUCAGGAAAUGUUAAGGUGUUUGUUUUCUUCUUACAAAUACAGAGUAAAACACUGCGUGCAGGGGAGCCUGUUUAAACGGUCUGCAAAAGUGUUUCAAGAGUCCAAAACAAGCCCGGGGUGCUUAGCAACGUGUAGCAUUUUGGGAUUAUGUUCUUCAUUGGAUGGAUUUUAAACUUUCCACGUUUUUAUGAAGUUUGGUUACUCUUGAUGCACUCUGCAAGCGUGUAAACCCCAAGCAUCUGUGUCACAACCUCUUGGGUUUAUGCUGGGAAACUCAAAAUAAGAUGUAAAAAUAGGCUAGUCCUACACACAUUUAGCCUUUCAAAGGGUGUUUUACCUAAUUCACAAAAACUAUUGUUUCUCACUUGUCUAGCUCGAAACGAUGAAUUAUACCAUGACAGGCCUACCUUGGUUUCAGUGAAGUAAACAUUCAUUUGUGCUUUGUCUGUGAGAGGGAAAGGGUAACCUCUGUCGUAAAAAUAACACCCCAUGUUGGUAUUUAGGCCUGCUCUUGUUCAAACACUAGCGGAAACGGUUGGUCUCCACAAUCAAACACAAGCAGGCUUCGCUACUCAGUGCCACCCACUUCUUUACAUUUCAUAGGUAAUUUUCCAAAACGUGUGGUUGUUUUAAUGAUUUGCAAUGAUUCUAUUUUUUUCUUGGGAAUACCUCCUCGCUUAGUUAGGCUACUUCUCUAACAUACGUUAAAUCCUUUUUUUUAUGGGAAUUAUUUUGAAGAACUUAAUCAAAUCAGCCUAUGCAUGUUGAGGGGGUCUGUUGACUGGGAUUGGGGAUUGGGAUGGAGGACCUGCAGAUGCUUCUGAGUGGCUGUGGUCAGCUUUCCCCUGUUUUUAUUUAGGCUAUUAAAAGUAUUUCCUGGGGUGCUUCUGUUGGAUUGUGCACAGGCAGAACACGCAGCCAAGAGUUUAGAACAGGCCAGAACACAAUGCCUUCAUGUGUACCGACAAUCAGAGGGACAGGGAUAAGCCUCGAACGCCUAAAUAGUGAAAACGUUCUUGAAACAACUGACUUUUUAAAAAUGUAUCUGAAAAAAAGAAGAAUCUGUCCAAUGUGUUGGAAUAUGAUUGGGAUUGGCAAGAGGUCACGCUACUCAGAAUACAAACACCAAAACUAUGUCUUAAUUCAAACCUUAAAGCCUAAUGUUAUUUAGAAAUAGAAGAAAGCACAAGUGGUAGAGGCUCACGUGCCUUGCACUUUGAUACAGUCCAAAAUCUAGUCAGCAUAGGGUGGUUUAAAAUGGAUGUCUGGAGAGGAAAUGUGUGCUAAUGUCCACUGAAAUAUUUCACUUAAAAUACUCCGCCGAUACGGCUACGAUUGCUAUUUAGCUUACGUUUAGUUAUUCCUAUACUCCAUGUAGCCUAUCUGUAAGAAUACAAAAUGGACCAGCACACCUGCAUACAUACUGAACUGACGAAUAUUAAAGCAGGGAUAACCAAUUAGAUUACCGUGUAAUUGUUUACAACCGGUAGUCUGGCAAAACGUAAUAGACUCAAAUAAAUCUUCAUCAUUUGAAAUAACAAAGUCAUGUUUAUAUGAAAUAGGCUAGCCUAAUAGGCAUGCCAGAUAUGGUAUUCCCCUUAGUCAUGAUUAGACCUAUAUAGCUGGACUGCGUGUCAGCCCUUUUCCAAGUAGGCUGUAAACCACCACAAUAUAACAAAUAGGCCUACGUGUUUUGGAAAUACACAACACACUUUUGUCGAGCCACGUGAACUUUGUAAAUAUAUCCUUUGAAUCGUGGUUGUUAAAUGAAUGUAGGCCAACCUAUAGUUUCGUUUCUACCCUAAUAUUCAAUAUGAAAACGCAGUCAACCAAAACAAAUAUUAAAAUAAAAAAUAAAUAGAAAAGGGGGAAAAAACUAAGUUGUAGGCUACCUAAACUGCAGUAGGUUAGCGUGGACGUGUAGGUUUCUCUCAUGCACAGCGCGCUGAAAGCCUUUUCUGUCAGUCACAAAGAGAGGCCCAGCUUUAAGCCUGUCAGAUCAAAACAAACGCAAAGCCGGUGAUGAUGUCACGGAUCGCCAGAAGUAGGCUAUGUAACAGCAAAGACAGCAUCCAUAAACAAAGAAACCAUAGAAUUGGUUAUUGUAGAAAAUUGUUCGCAAACUCUGUUUUACUCUCUGCUUAGAGUGUGUCUGUGAUUGUCUGUAUAAAUUGCACCUCUCCUCUCUCUCUCUCUUUUCUUUUCUGCGGCCUUAAGUCUAUAUGUGGCCUACAUUCUCCUUUUGAGAGGUAAAACUGGUCUUAUAGCCUACAGUUCUGGCUGCAAAAUAUAAGACUUUUAAACUAGUCCUACAUUACAAUACGAGUUGAUGCUUGCAUCCUUAAUGGUGGUAGGGUGGAAAUGGGGGUUUGGGGGAUUUCAUGCUUUGCACGAGAGAAGCUUUCACCUCCUAAUCCGCGUGUCAAAAGUGUAGCGCAUUCGACGAAGAGGGAUACACAGAUCCACGUUCCUCAUGUGUACCACCCGGCUGGACUCGGCAGUUCUCACGCCGAAUUCAAAAUGCCUCACGAAGGGAAGGGGAUGUUGGAAAUGGAAGGUUAGGAGGGAGGGACCUUCCACCAUAAAGACAAAUAGCUCUCUGACAGUGACUCUAUCAAUGUAAACAAUUGCAUCUUGUCGCGGCUCCAGGCCCCUCCUCCUCCCCUCCAUCUCCUGCUAUUUACCUCCUUCACUCAUAAGUAAGCUAUAGCUUCUUUUUUAUACUAUACUUGAGGUCAGGGUUUUGACAUGAACAUUUGAAGUCACUGGUUGUUUAUAUAAAAACUGAAUAUUUAUUUUUGUGAUUUUUUUUCUUUUUCGUAUUGUCAUUGUUGUAUAUAGGACAAAUGCACUCGAAAUGAGAACUUGAAUGACGGAUUUCUUAAGCACUUUCCCUUUGUUUUGAGUUAUGAAGUAUUCAUUAAAGGCGGUUGAGUGUGA